UUUGUGAAAGAGAUCUGAUGCUGAUGAGUGAGCCCAUUGAUGUUACCCAAUCUAUUCUCCGUGUGGACCAUUCUAUUCCUCUGCUGUUGACUCAGCUAACAGUUAUAAUGAACAUUCUGGCACUAAUUAUCAAACUGUUACUAUAAUUCUGAGAAAAAAAUUAUAAAGGAAAGGAAUUCUGGUUUCCAAGAAAGUUACAGAGGGAGGUAGUAUGGAAUCCCAGGAGGGAUCCACAAUGGAUGGUUCUGUUGAUUUGAAGGGCAGACCUGUUCUCAGGUCCAAAACUGGAAGAUGGAAAGCCUGCUCAUUUCUCGUAGGCUAUGAAAUAUUUGAAAGGAUGGCCUUUUAUGGAAUUUCCUCCAAUUUAGUGAAUUACUUAACCAGUAAGUUGCAUGAGGGCACAGUGACUUCUGCAAGGAAUGUAAACAAUUGGAGUGGUGCCAUUUGGAUUACCCCUAUACUUGGUGCAUACAUUGCAGACACCCACUGGGGACGCUACUGGACUUUUACAGUAUUUUCCUUCAUUUAUAUACUGGGAAUGGUUGUUUUGACUUUGGCUGUCUCAUUGCCAUCUCUGAGACCACCAGAAUGUGCUAAAAAUGCAAGCUUGUGUGAAGAGGCCUCCACACUUCAGGUAGGAGUUUUUUAUUUUGGACUGUAUGUGCUUGCUUUGGGCACAGGCGGUACAAAACCCAAUAUUUCCACCAUUGGGGCAGAUCAAUUUGAUGAGUUUGAGGCCAAAGAGAAGGCUCAAAAGGUUUCUUUCUUCAAUUGGUGGAUGUUCAGUGUGUUUUUUGGAUCACUGUUUGCACAAACUUUUCUGAUUUACAUCCAGGAAUAUGUUGGAUUCGCUGUGGGAUAUGCAGUUCCUACUCUUGGUUUGAUCAUAUCAGUGGGUAUAUUUUUAUUGGGAACUCCAUUUUACAGACAUAAGCUUCAGAAAGGGAAUCCGUUUGGUCGAAUUGCUCAGGUAAUUGUUGCAGCAGUUCGUAAAUGGAGAGUGAAGGUACCUGCUGAUGCAGGGGAGCUUUAUGAAUGGGAGUCUAAAGCGUAUGUUGCCAAAGGAAGAUUCCCCAUUUCUAACACUCCAUUCUUGAGAUUCCUGGACAAAGCAGCAACAAAGAAUGGUUCUUCUACAUCAAGUCCAUGGAGGCUAUGCACUGUGACUCAAGUAGAAGAAACCAAGCUCAUGAUAAAACUACUCCCAAUAUGGGUUGCCAUGUUCAUACCUGGCACCAUACUAGCCCAAGUAAACACACUGUUCAUAAAGCAGGGAAAUACACUCAAGAGGAACAUGGGUCCUCACUUUGAAAUCCCCUCUGGCUGCCUCACAGCAUUUGUCACCAUGUCAAUGCUGGUGUCUAUUGUAAUCUAUGACAGAGUCCUUGUCCAGCUCUUCAGAAAAUUUACAGGAAAACCCAGAGGCAUAACUAUCUUGCAAAGAAUUGGAAUUGGUCUAGUUAUUGAAAUAAUACUUAUGGUGUUUGCAGCAAUAACAGAAAAACAAAGAAUUGGGGCUGUGAAAGCACAUGGGCUUGAAGGCAACCCAAAAGCAGUAGCACCCCUCACAGUCUUCAUUUUACUUCCUCAAUUUAUACUUAUGGGAAUAAGAGAUGCCUUCCUUGAAGUAGGUAAGUUGGAAUUUUUCUAUGAUCAAUCCCCUGAGAGUAUGCAGAGCAUUGGAACUGCACUAUUUGCCAGCGCAAUAGGCAUUGGGAGUUUUAUCAGUAGUUCUCUUCUGACUACGGUGACUGAUAUAACUGGCAAAAAUGGCCACACAAGCUGGGUUUUAGACAAUCUAAAUGCAUCUCGGCUUUACUAUUAUUAUGCACUGUUGGCUGUUCUCAGUUUCUUGAACACGCUUUUCUUUCUGGUAGUUUCAUGGCUGUAUGUUUAUAAGAGAGAAACCAGUGAAGCUUUUGGCAGUAGCCAUGAGAUGAAUGCCACUCAAAAUGUAAAGCAGCAGCAGAGUUAUACAAAUGUGGACAAUAUCAACGGUAUGCCCAUGGAUUUGAAGGUCCAUGGAUUCCAACUGAAGUAAUUCUGCUGUGGGUAACUAGUUAUUGCUUUUGGUAUAGAUUGUGUGUUUGUUUGUAUCAAUUUCGGAUCACAUUUUCUGAUCUAUCUAAUCUGUUAUAUCAAGUUUUGCCUGACAAAACAAACUGUAGUUAUGACAACCAAGGUCAUUUGUAAUGGUCAAAGUCUAGUACUCUAAUUUAGUGGAUAAUAAUUAAUUAAUUGUGUUUAAUA